AGCUGCAACUAGUGUGCUCCCGUCUGCCCUACACAGCGCGGCACCUCGCGUCUCUCGCGCGGACUGUACCCUGUUCAGGACUAAUUAUUCAUGUGAGGUCGUUAGCAAAAAAAAUAAGUCAUUGGAUUUACAUUCAGAUUGAAUUCAAUUAGAAUCGAGCUUUUUGACAAAAAUGACCUCCAACUUCAUCACGUGACGACAUUAACCUGGCCAAUCAAAUGACGUAACGCUGGUGACCAGAUGGACCUUCUGUGAGAGUGUGACAUCCGUGUGAGCCACUCACCUGCCCAGAGCGUUACGUCACUGGUAAAGCAAUGGCUGUGUGUCCUUGACCUGACACCAGCCUGACACUUUUACCCCAACUAAGAAUCUACCAACAAUUGGGGUAACACUUUUACCCCAACUAAGAAUCUACCAACAAUUGGGGUAACACUUUUACCCCAACUAAGAAUCUACCAACAAUUGGGGUAACACUUUUACCCCAACUAAGAAUCUAUCCACAAUUGGGGCAACACUUUUACCCCAACUAAGAAUCUACCCAGUCAGGGCGGUCUGAUGACGAGGCCCCUGUCGCGCAUCAACAGCCCUUCAAGAUUUUCUUCCUGGCGAAGAUCGUCUGCUCCCUCAACGUGUCCGGUGUGCCUGCAGAUGUUUGUUCCAUUUGACCCCUGAACUUUGGCUGAACCCCAUCUUAACAAGCUGACCCGGAAGCAUCGCGGUCAUGCUGUAAAACUGCUGACGAGAUAACUGACCCAAAGCCUUAACCAAACCUCUAGGAUCUACCAUUCCUCUAGGGAGAACCUUGUUUUUUCCAACCCGCUGAUCAUCGACCCAGCAGCUGUCCACCCCACCCUGCCCAGGAUUUGUUCCUUUGCCCGUGGGUCUCGCCGAUGGUUGAAGCCACCUAUGUCUGGGACCACACACCCCGAGCUCAUAGCUCCACGAGAUCUUACGGCUAGGCUUUUGAACUAUGCUCGACGGGUGCGGUCAACAUGCGCGCGCGAGAUCUCCAAUUAGCGUAGCUGUGCUGAGGCGAGUGGUCCCCCCUGUUUUCUCUCUCCUCAUGGUCGGCUCCCUCCUGUUGGCGGAUGGUAUACUUCCGGUGCGGGCCACCAAGUAUCCCUCGGAGUCGUCGCUCUACAUCAACGGUAAAAUGGCCCACCCGGGCCCACACGGGAGUACGUCCCGCGCCGCAGGGGCUCACCCCCGGGGCGCCGGAAGAAAUCACUUCAUGAACAGCCUCCCCCACUUCCGGACAAAGCUCCACGCCAAAACUCCCGCCAAAUCUCCCAAGAUGGACGACACGCUGCUGGUCGUUGACCCCAGCGUGGGCGUGGCCAAGCCCUAUGACCCUUCGCAGACCCGGAACAAGGGGAGUGAGCUCCAGUCGUCCCCUGUACCCCCCACCAAAGGUCAGAGUUCAGCCCCCGAUGUGGUGACUGACCCCGCCCCCCUGACAAUGCAGCUGACGCCAUCUUCCUUCCCAUGCAACGCCAGCCUGACCUGCGCCCACAACUCGUCCACCGAGAACACGUGCCCCAACGAGCCGGCGCCCAGCAGUUUUCCCGCCAACAGAAACCAAUGUCUGCUCCUGUCAGACGACACGAUCCGGAAGGUGUGCGGACUGUUGAACGAGACGGAGGACGAGACGAAGAUGAAGGCGCAGCUCAACAGUACUCACCUCGGCUUCUGCACGGUGUACACGCUCGGCGUCCUGGUCUCCCCCACCCCCAGCAACUUUACCGGCUGUGUCCAGGCCUUGAGCACGGUCAAGGCCACGGACGAGGACGUUGCCUUGAACUAUAAAGGGUUUGAGGAUUUAAUUCGACGAUAUGACUGCAAGACCAGGUACUCGGUCAAGUGGAACUGUACUCACUGUAAGGACGCCUACAAACACUGGCUGUGCUCCAGACACCUCAAGUUCUACCACCAGGAUCAGCAGGUGCCGCCAUGUUUUGAGAUGUGCGCCAGUGUGGAGGAGAUGUGCCCAUUUUUUAGGCCAAGUGUACAGACACACGCAGGAGACCCCAGUUUUAUAUGCAAAGACCACCAAAUGAAGCUUCCAGGUGCAUCAAACAACCAAGGCUGCUAUAGACUGUGCCAUUUGCUGAGUGAGGCUGACCUCAGUGAGUCCUACUGCGCUCACCCCGCUCACUGCCCCCUGCUCAAAAACUGUCACCCCCUGCAGCUGACCAGUAGCCCUGACACUUCCUACAAUCUCACCAACGCAACCUCAGGAGCGUGCACUACGCACAUGGGUGCCCGCACCACGCACACUGGUGCACGUACACACUUAUCCACUUUUCUACUUCAGAUUCUCUGCCAGAUGGUCAUCUCGUUACUUUUGCUACCAGUGACCUUGAACCCGUUCCCACACCUGGCUACAGGAUUAACAUAGCUUGUGCAGCUGGGUUCAUGUAGCCAGGGCAGGGCUUGUUUACUUGAGUACAAAAAUCAAAGAAUGGUCUGACCAACAACAAAAAACUGGAGUACUUGUGCCCAAUCUGGCCAUAGAAAGCUGCUCAUUAGGCCAUGUGCUACCACUGUUCUUGCCGAAAGCAUUGACUAUGGUUUACAGUAGUACAAGAUUUGUUCUGUAGAUGUUAUCUAUUUUGUAGAUUACCAGUGGAUUUAUAAUUAACCAGUCAUAGGAUAACACAAUAUAUAUAUAUAUAUAAACAUGUACAUAGAUAGCUACAAGUAGUUCCCCUGUACACACUUGUUUGACAUGUUUUCUUUCAGUCCUGAGCAGUUUGUACUAAAUUAUCUGUGAUUUUUUGUCAUUACUCUAAUGACGUGUAAUUAAUGAUCUGUGCUAUGUUGAACCAAAUUUGUGUUACAUCUUCCAUCAAUUGGUCUGCUCCAACUUUGAACUCUUCAAUUUUGUGAUAAAAUUUCCUCUUGGUUUACUGGGGUGGUCAGCCCAGAAAUCUAUUGUCAGUUAUUUUUUCAAUGCAAUUUUUUUUAAAUUUGUUUUAGUGAUGCCCUUCUGUACUGAUUGUUUUUUAAAUUUUGGACUAGAAGUUUUUGUAAAAGAUAAUGGAACAAAAAUGCUUAUGUUGAGAUAUAUUUAUGAGGUACAUAUUUUGCAUUGAAACGCCAGUGUUUUUUUUUUGUUUUUAAGAUCAUAAAAAUUUUGAACCAAAUGUCUUACUCAUAAAAAUGUGAGGUGGUAUUCAUUAUUUUGUCAAGCAACCCUUAUCAAAUUUUGGACCCUGUGAAAAAUGCUAACUACAUGUUUAUUUUUGUUAAGUUUUGAAUGCAGAUAAUUCAUGACAUAAAUGUCUCAAGUGUUUUAAAUAGGGGUCAUCCAUAAACUACAUCACUCUUUUAUGACGAUUUUUA